CCCAUUCGUUUAUCCUGCCACCAAAACGUUUGACACUGUUCUUCUAAUUCCUCCGUCUUCUAAUAGCUAGAAGCAUCAUUUCCGUUUCAACUUUUGCUGGUGUUUUUACUCGCUUCUGAGGUUUCACAUCCAGUCUAGGAUUAAUCUUUCUUCUAAUCAUCAAUACAAAAAAGACAAAAAUAGUUGGAGUUUCCCCCUUUCGAUUCUUGUUCUCUCACAUAUAAAUAGUAGCCUUUCUUUCUAGUGAUCAAUACAAAAAACAAAAAAAUAUGUGCAUGUUCCACUUUUAAUCCCCUUUUCUAGUCAUCAUUUCAAAAGAAAACUAAAAAUCUAUAAGUAUUUUCCCCGCUUAUUGUUGUCGUUUCACACAUACCAAAUAUUAUUUGUUUCUAGUGAUCUGUACAAAAAAAGUGAUUGCAUGCUCCACUGUGCCAUUGGUCUUCCACAUCUACAUUGCAAUCCCUUUUCCUACUGAUAAACAUUGAGAAAAUAUCGUUAGCAUUUCCCAUUACUGUUGAUUUUUCAGACCCGCAACUACUCAAUUUAUCUAGCUCUAAAUUUCAAUUAAAAAACAAAGACAAAAAAAAGUCAUUGGCAUUCCAUCAUUGCUAUUGUGUUGUUCUCUUAUCCUGGCUUCGCUCUCUUUUCUAUGGAUGAAUACUGAAAAAAACGAAAAAUCAUUGGUUUCACCGCGUUGUUGUUUGCCCUCGUUUAUCAUUGCUUGCUUUUCUAGUUACCAUCCACCAGAAACACCAAAAGAUUGUCGGCUUGUCCCACUACUGAGUUUUUAAGUAAAUCUGGUCGAUCAGGCCAUUUCUUGGCAUCCAUAUUAUGGUGCCUAAUUCAACUGCCAGGACCGUACAAGGAAGCUAGUGUGCAGCUUUUAAGCAGAACAUGGACAAUUAAUAUUUAUUUGGCAGCCUUGAGUUCAAGUAUUGCUGAAUAUAUGUAUCUCGGUGAUCUAAGAACCUACAUGACAUUAUAUUAUACAAAGUUAUCCCGAGUUCAGGUUCCUUCGCCGCUGAGAGGUUUAAUGGAUACCGUGAGACGGAAGCAUAUAUGCAGUUGGACGAUGAUCUGUUCGGCUCUUAUCUCGUGGGUUGGAAUAUUGGGGUGGGGCCCAUGGCUUCAUACACACGAGCCAUAUCAGGACUGGCCGAGGAGACAAUCCUUAAGUACGAAAGAGAAGUCAAACACGUGAUAAAGGUGGAUCUGAAGCCCACGCCAACGGCAGAGGAAGCCCAAGGAAGGGGCUUCAUGAGCACCAAGUACCAGCUGGCCCUCGCUGCAGCAAAGGAGCUCGGCCUGCUCGACCAAGAAUACAACAGGCUCAAGGAAAAGCAUGACCAGCUACACUACUACAUCUACGGGUCCUGUGAUGGUGUUAUCUCUUCAGAUUUGGAGUAUCACGUGCGGUACAUUAUGGUUCCUCAGAUCAUCAAACAAUUGUUAACCGAGAGGUACUUGCUAGUGGCUGAGAACCUCCAGUGGCCAAUUGAGCCUGGCAGUUUUACACGGGAUUGCGGGCUUCCUCUGCCCGACUGGGCAAAUUCUUAUUGGCUCAUCUCCACCACUUCUCAUGAUGCCUACAACAAGAGCAAGUCAGAAGACGAAAGAGUUAUAUCCAUUGACAAAGAUGAACAGGUUGUGGUGCUUACCCUCUAUGCACUACAUCAAUCGACAGAGCACAUAUUCAACACGAUCCGACAAGAAACCAAGGAAUAUUGGCAUAGCAUAGCCCUGCAAUGCUUCUACUAUGUCAUGACGAUCUUUGCGAAGCAUUCACAAGUGGCAGCUAUCACCUCACACGAGCUCAUCCACCAUUGGGCCGCCCAAGGCAUCUUGCCUGGAAUGAGCUUCAUAGAAGAAGAAGAAGAAGAAACCAGCAUCAUCAGCAGCAAGUGUUCAAGUAUGCAUCGACUUGGAAGGGUCAUCCUUGAAGCAUUUGAGAAAUACUCUUUGCUGCAGCUACCUUUUUCUCCGGUUGAUGAAGCUUAUGAAGCCACCAAUACCGGUGCACAAUUCUUAGCAUACCAUGGCCUCAUUGCAGAAGACAUCACAAGUGAUGAACUCUUUGAUAACAAGAAGAAAUGGAUUUCAUUCGUCGGUGACCAUGGAUGUCAUGUAAGCCGAGAAUGGUUGAGCCCAGAGGAAACAAAGGGGGCAACUUCACUUAUUCUAAGAGGUUGCUCAGAUCGAUCGCCCAUUCUUUCCAAGUUGGACCAUUUCUUGCCCAAACUUUGUUUUCUCCGUGUUCUUGAUCUCUCCUACACACCAAUAAAAGCACUCCCUUCUUCCAUUGGUUGUCUACAUAAACUUCGGAUGCUCUCACUUAGAGGCUGCCAUGAUCUGAAAACUCUUUCCAGUUCAUCCACAACAAAUGCCACAGACUCAUCAACAAAUAUUAGUUCAUCAUCACCAUUGUCCACUCUAUACAAGCUAGAAAUUCUUGAUAUGAAUGGUGUUCCUGUUUCUCAUCUGACACAAGAAGUGGCCAACGAAAAGAGCAAUUUGAUACACCUGGACAUGUCAAAUUCAGAAAUAUCUGCUUUCCCUCAUACUUUUUUCGAGGACAUGUCAAAUCUGGAGGAGCUUAUGCUGACCAGCUGCUCCAACCUUGUGGAGCUACCUCCUUCAAUGGCUUCUCUAUCCAGCCUAAAGACCCUUGAGGUCACAGGGACUCAAAUGAAAUAUUUCCCGCAAAAGAUAUUUGAAGAAAUGAACCAACUACAGUCGUUGAAGCUCAUUGACAACAAGGAAUUGAUUUCAUUCACAAGACCAAUCUCUGGUGUUCAGGGAAUCAAAUUGGAAGGGCAUCCUAGCAUUGUAUCGUUCAUGCUGAUUGGCACAACUCAUAUAAGGUGUUUGUCCUUGCAUGGAUGUAGAAAACUCGAGUCUGUUGAGAUCAAGGAUCUUAGUGAUUUGGAGGAGCUUGAUUUGUCUAGUACAGCUAUGAAGGAGCUCUCUGCCGACAUCCCUAAUCUUCCCAAGCUUAGGAGAUUAUUCCUCGUGGGUGUUCCUUCCCUGAGGCGAUUUCCUUGGCAUGAGCUGGAGAGACUCCCGGAUGUGUUUUACUUGGAUCAUUGUUCAGAAGGAAAUGGCAAUCAUUCUAAUCAAGUUACCCAAGUGUGUGUUACUAACCCUAGGUUCUUCCAUAGCUUCCGUGACACUGCUGCAGAUUUAGUUAGAGCUGGACGGUUUUUCCAAUCAUUCUAUGUUCAAGUGGCACCAUGCAUUACAAAUAGCAGACGGCAAGAAGAUGAAGAAGGUAUCCUAGAUUGCAAGUUGCAGGAGUUGCUGCAGAAUCAAUUAACAUAUGUGGAUGUAUAUAGCAGCCGCUUUGCAGAGGAAAUUAUAAUUGCAUCGGCCAUUACAGUUCCCCUUCACCGGACUGAGCGCCAUCUAGACAUCACAAGGAUGCAAGAGACACAUGAUGGUUUAUAUGGUCUUCUAAACGUCACGAAAUCAGUGUCAGUGACAUAUGACACUUCUAUCUACACAUUUAAUGACCUGAGCAGUUUCAUCGAGCUAGAAGAAUGUGAGCUUCGUUUGUGCCAUAAAAUGAAAGGAGUUGUAUCUUACACUCAAGGCUUGAAAAAACUACGCAACAUGCAUGUCUGUAAUCUCAAAAGGCUAGUUUGGUUCUGUUCAGAGUAUAGUUAUUCUGACUUCGGUAGACUAGAGCACCUGCACUUAGAGGACUGCCCAAGAUUGGAGCACGUGGUGCCACAUACAGCAACACUGCCAUGCCUCAAGACACUUGACAUCUUGUUCUGCUACAACCUUAAGACAAUUUUCAUCAGCAAUUAUACGCAAGAUGAAAGUUAUCAGCUCCCAAGCCUCCAAAGCAUACGCCUCCAAGAGGUGCCACUGCUCCAGCACUUCCAUGACAAGGACGCCACCAUGACAGCACCGAUGUGGAAGGAGCUACACAUCCGAGGGUGCUGGAGCCUCCGACGCCUCCCGCGCCUACAAGGACGCAAGCCGGGGAUGGUGAAGGUCAACGGUGAGAGGACCUGGUGGAGCAAGCUCUAGUGGGGCUCAGCCCUGCACCGCGACAGCUACGACCCCAAGCUCCCCCCGGAGUUCGCCUCCUUCGAUGAGUCUGCCAGGAUGAGCAGCUACCUCAGAUGAAUCAAUGCUCCAUCCAUCUAUCGGUUGGUGUUCCACCAUACGUCCGCCUCAGCGCCGCAUUAUAGAAUACAGUUAUCCCUUGUUACAGUUAAUGUAUAUAUCUGAACCACCCUGCUCUGCAAGAUGAUACUUACAGUCUCCAGGUGCUUCCAUUGCUCCAUCACAGUGCCGGUGUUGAAGGACCUCCACGUCUGAGAGUGUUGGAGCCUACGAUGCCUCCGGUGCCUGCCCUAUUAACAGUGUUCCACCAUACACCAGAGUACCUUCCUCAACACUACCUUAUUAAGAAUGUUCCAUCAUACAUCCAUACCAUAGUGUCCAUCCAUAACAUAGAUGCCACCCACGUGCAUACCCCUUCCUCCGUAUACACCUGCAUGCCAUCUAUAUGAGUUUAGAGGGGUUUUUUCGAAAUAAAAGUCCAAUUUCCCUCGUUAUUGUCGACUGCCACUUUGUCUCCCGUGGAAUCAGGUUUACUUUUCCUUGUUCCAACACAUUUUAUUCGAGUGUCCACUAUCCUAUGUUGGUGAUGUAUGUGUAAGGUAUGUAAUGCUGGUGUUUAGCAUGCGAUAUGUUUAAUUAUCAAGUGUGUCUCUGGACUUUAAGUGGCAUAUAUAUUUCUUUAAUUCGGACGUUGUGUUUGACUACAAGUGUGUUGUACUCCUACCAGCAUCUCUGGUUUUAUUUGUCAAGAUCCAUUUCAAUGUAUGAUUCAAGUUUUGUGGGAAUUCUAUUGGGAAAAAAGACACUGAGAUUUGUUAAAAAACAGAAAUAUUUUUUUCAGGUUAAGUUAUGAAGCAGCUUGAAACAAGGGUUGCAGAUUUCUAUUGCUAGUGUAC